AAUUUUAGUCGCUAUUGCACUGUUUUACAAGACGCAUGACAUUUUCAUUGCAGUGUUCGCAUAUUUUACUAUUAAUAAUUACGAUUGUUUUGCAUGAAAUUUGAUCACAUUUGCUUUUGAAUUUGAUUUUUAAUUUUUAAACAUUGUCAUUUGAGCCACAAGCAUUCAUUCUGAUCCAGUAAAAAAUGACAUCAACGGAACCAACAAAAUUGAUUGAUGUAUCUAAUGAUACCAGUGCAUCUGGUGAAACGUCAAAGGCGAACAAGUCUCGUGCCAUAAAAAAAGGUACUCAAUGUCGUAAUACGACUAGACCUGCUCGACAUUCAACUCAGCAAAAGAAAGAUAUUACAAAGUCCAGAAUACGUGAAGAAGGCAAUGUAACCGAGGCGACAUCGAUGUUGGGAAAUAAUUCCAAAUCUCGAAGUUAUAAGCCUGACGACGAGACUGGAACGAUUUUAGGCGCGACUGAAGUCAACGGUCAACUUAAAUUUAUUUUCAAGUGGAAAGAUCAAGUUGAACCAACAAUUGUUUCAAAUGAAGUGGCCAAGCAUCGAUAUACAAACGCCGUACUGGAUUUCUAUGAAAGUUGCCUAAGAUGGGAUGACAGUGAAAAUGACGAACACAAAUGUGUGCUUAAAAAAUGACGCACAUCUAUCACACAUAUCAUAUUAAUUGGACAAACGUUUUCAUUCAAAAUUAAGUGGUUAAAUAAACAGAUAAAAUGUCAUCUCAAAAAAAAAGACAUUCUAUGUGAAACACAAGUGAAUUUCACUAGAGAACGAUUUUUUUUUAAACAAACAUGAAUUUUCAAAUUCGAAUACUUUCGAAUGUUAUCAUUUUGAAUUAUUUCUUUAAUCCGGGUGAAAAUUUAACGCAAAUAUAUAUAUAUAUAUUAAUGUAAAAAACUUUGAUUACGUUGAAAGUGAAAAAGAAUGAAUUUGUAUUCACGAAUAAAGGUAAUUAGGCGAAAUAUCGUAUUUCUUAUGUGCAAAAGAAUUGGCUGACAUAUAAGAUCAUUUUGGCGCCACCAACAACAAAACUAGCAAUAACAUAGUAAUUUUGAAUAGCAUAUCGCAGGUCAACAUUUUGUUGAUAUUGAUAGUGAAUUUCUUACAUACUUAAAUUCUUUGGAAAUUAAAAAUAUUAUAAUUUUACUGUAAAUAAAAGACGUUCUGUCUGUAAAACAUUAACAAAAACAAUAAAUAUACACUUUGAAUGCACUA